AUGGUGCGAGUUGUGCCAUCUGUGAGUGAAAUUACUGCUAAUAUCGAUGCAAGAGGGGAUUUGGCCAAAAACUGUGAUAAGAUUAUGAGAAAAGAAUCCAAAAGGACCGGGAUUUACUCUAAAUUUCGGUACUUACUAACAGUGCGAAUGCUGAUCGCUGUAUUAAUGUCAUUUUGCUUCAUAGCUUUAUCAGUAACAACAACAAAUCUUACUGGAUCACUUGUUUGCAUGGUAUUUAAGGAAGACAAAAAUGCCGAGCAGACACGGAUUUUACGAUAUCAACAUGGUAUUGAAGAAUGGAUGAAUGGAACAUAUUUACGUGCACCUCCGUGUUUACCACAGGAAUUAUUAACGAAAGAUAUGAAAUUAUCAUUUGGGGACAGACCUGACCCAUCACGUUUAUCGAAACGCAGUACUGACAAAGAUAAUAAUUACGUGGAAAUUAGAUCAUGCUAUGUUGAUGAACGAUUGAACUGGACAAUGUUUGAACAAGGAAUGGUUUUGAGCGCUCAAAACGUGGGUUCCUUGCUGAUGCUAAUAAUUGGUCCACAAGCUGAUCGUAUUAAUGGUAAGUGGACAGUUGCUGCAGCGUUACUGAUCACAGUUCUCAGUAACCUUAUGUUGCCUUUGCUAGCAGCUAAGCAUCUGACCUUUGCAAUCUGCGCUCGCAUUCUAUGUGGUGUAGCUGAUGCUCUUCUGUCGCCUUCUAUUAGUUCAAUGAUUGCAAGAUGGUUUCCACCUAAGGAACGACCUUUUGCUAUCGGAUUUAUCACUGGUGGUCGACAAAUCGGUUUAAUUUUUACAUUUCAUCUAUGUGCAUGGUGCAAUGAUAUUGGGGAUAUGACAUUUGGAUUACAGGAAAGGAAAGAACGCGAAAGUACGCCGUGGAAGGAGCUGCUAACUUCCGGCUCGUUUAUUGCAGGGAUAUUUGCAGUCGUUUGUCAAGAAUAUCCUCUUGUUAUUACCACAACAGCAACACUACCAUUACUGGCGUUGUGGGUAAGCAAAAAUCUCUCAUCGUCAUUAUCGUCAUUUCUGAGCGCUCGUAAAAGCGCUUGUUGUUUAAUGGGUCGUACGAGUCUUGUCAAGCUCUUCAAUGGCAUGGGUUCUGCUGGACUUGCCCUCGGACUUGUUAUGAUUCCCUUUCUCAAACAUAGCGUUCCUGCGCUUAUUGCUGUUUCUGCAGCUAAUGCUUUUGCUGGUCUGCAUACUCCUGGUGUAUUUACAGCACUCUUACAAAUUGCUCCAGCUUACACUGGCUCUGUCACUGGAAUUGCAUAUUCUGCGGGACACAUUGCAAAUUGGAAAUACUUGAAUUUAAGCAUCGUGAAUAAGCUGACGAAUGGGUUGAUUCUGCGUUCGUGGUCAGCAUCUGCAGGUCAGUGGGAAAUUCUAUAUGGAAUAUCUGCAGUGAUCGCUUUCCUACCGGUAGUAUUUUUCUCACUUUGGGGUUCCGCAGAUUUACAGCCCUGGGCAGUUCCAAAACUGAAGCAGUCAUUAAAACCAAAAAAAACUAAUACUAACCUUGAUAAAAAGGAAGAUUUCAAGUUAAAUGUUUUACCAUCAUAUAUGGCCGAAUCACUACCGGUUCCUGUUUAA